AUGGGCGCCUCUGCAACCUGGCAACGGCAACUCGGGACCCACGACCAGAUUGCGUUGUAUUGUUCCAUGGGGACAUUCGCAUCUCGCAGACAUCGAGUUCACCUGGCACAUGGUGAAUUUCUUCGUUGCUCUCUUCCCAUCUACAAAAGAAAGUCUGUCAUGCACACUCUGGCCGAACAUGGGGAGAACCGGACGAAAAGGGCGGGCAGUAGAAGUGGACGGCCAGCUCGGCCAAAAACACAACAGCCGAGCCUGUAUGAAACAAAAGCCAUGGACUGGACAACUUCAUCUCUUGCUGCCUUGGCUUGGGGAGGAGUUUUUGCGGAAACCAUGCUUUUCGUGAAGAUCAACUGCAUUCAAUUUCUUUUCUUCUCGCUGAAAAGCGCGAGCAUCUUCGUGAAGCCCUGCCGUGAAUCCUUUGUUUUGACUUGCCCUUCUGUUGUUUGCUUGACCCACUCUUUCAUGGUACCAAUUAUCUGUCUCUUUCUCUCGCCUUUUCAGGUCUCGCUGGCCCGGCCCAGUUGCGAGUCGAUUAAAGGUGCCAACCUGUACAUAUGCGGUCUGCCCAAAACGGUUGGGCAAAAGGAAUUGGAGCGUCUGUUCGGGCAGUGCGGCAAGAUCAUCACUUCUCGCAUCCUCAUGGAGCCGAACACCGGUGAGCUGGGCAUGUGUGUGUGGCACGAUGUGCUGGUUGAACAGCAUUUCAACCUUCCAACCGCAAGUGGAUAG